AUGUCGGACGUGGACGAGGCCAUUGCCGCAGGCCGCGUCCCCGCCGGCAUCACGGCCGCGUAUCUCAAGGAGAGCAAGGACCAGCCGGCCAUUGCGGGCAUCAUUUUCGUCACGGUCUUGACGUUCAUCGUCGUCGUCGGGAGGUUACUAUCGAGAGCGUUUAUCGUCCGACGCUUUGGCUUUGACGAUGGGCUGGCACUGGUGUCACUGCUCUGCCUCAUCGCCUUUGUCGGCUUGAGCAUCGAGCUCAUCAAGCUCGGCUCCGGCCGCCACUUCGAAUACAUCCAGUACGUGCUCGACGUGCCGACGGUGCAGCGCACGCAGGUGCUCGACUUCGUCGCCCACAUCAUCUACACGACGGCGCUGCUCUUCUGCCGCGUCUCCGGUCUGGCGUUCUACUAUCGCGUCUGCGGCAUGCACAAGGGCUUCCUGCUGGCCAUCAAGGUCGUUUUCGGCGUCCUCAUCGCGGGCUACCUGCCACAGCUGUUCCUGAUCGUCUUCCACUGCAGGCCCGUCACGGGCCUGUGGCCGUACGGGUGGGAGCCUGGCACGGAGGGCUACGUGUGUCUGCAGUGGGGGCUGGUGUAUAGCGUCAACAGCUCCGUGUCGCUGCUAUGUGACCUGCUGCUCUUUGGUAUUCCGCUGGCGAUGCUGAGGAUUUUGGAGAUGCCUAAGAAGCGCAAGGUCCAGCUGGGCUGCAUCUUGCUGCCGGGUAUUGCUGUCAUCGCCAUCUCCAUCACGCGCCUCGUCCUCGUCAUUCUCGGGCAGUGGCAGACGGACAUGAGCUGGAGUUACAACCCGAUGCUGGGCGUGGAGACGUCGGAGAUUGGGGCGACGCUGAUCGCGCUUUCGGUGCCUGGCGUGAAGCCGCUGUUCGACAAAUACGUGCUGCGCAAGGACGGCGGGCACUCGCACUCGGGCGGGUCCAAGUACCAGAUGCAGGGCAGCUCGAGCAAGCGGUCGCGGGGCACCGCGCUGAGCACGCUGCGGCUGCGGUCGCAGCACAGCAUGCUGGCCAGCAGGGAGAACGCGUCCGUGGGCGGCGGCGGCGUAUACGGCGCUGAGGUGAGCGCGGGCGGCGGUGGGAGGCAUGGCGACGGGGCGAGCGUGGGGAGCAGCACCGAGGGCAUCUACGUGACGGUCGACUUUGACGUCAAGGAGGGGUCGAGGAACUCGGGCACCGGCCGGAGGAGGGACAUUGGGCAGGCUGCAUGA